AUGUUUUUUCCGACGAAUACAACUUCUCUCAUUCAACCUAUGGACCAAACCGUGAUUGUGACUUUCAAAGCCUAUUAUUUGAGAAGAGUCAUGAAAAAAAUGCUACAAGAAGUCAAUCAUUAUCGCACUUGUGACGGUUUCGAUCCCACCUACGUUGUCAAAAUGUUUUGGAAAAAAUUUUCUAUUCUCGAUGCCAUCUCUUUGGUUGAAGAAUCAUGGACAGAAGUUAAACCUACGACUGUGAGUGCUAGCUGGAAAAAAAUUUUGCCGACCGUCGAUGCUGAGACAGCCGUUGUGCCAGAAUAUCAAGAACCCGUGCAAUCAAUCAUUCAUUUAGCUCGAGAAGUUGGAGGUGAAGGUUUUGAAGACCUUCAUGAACCCGAAAUUUUAGAGGAAAUUGUGAUGCCAGUCAGAACAGAUCUCAGCGCUGAAGAAGCAGAAGAGCUUAUUGUGCCAUUGCCUCAAGACAAUCUUCAAGACAAUGAAGACGUAGUUCCAACUGUAUUUGGAGGAACAGUAAUUUUAGAAAUUAUAAAUUUAUUAAAAACAGCUACGGAAACAGCUAUAGAACGUGACACAAUAGUAGUUCGGAGUCUCAAUUUUAAGCAUAACUGUGAAAAGGCAGUCGAAGUUUAUGAAGAUUUAUAUAAAGAUGCGUUGAGACGUGCAAAACAAUCUCGUUUGAUAGACUAUUUCAAAUCCAAUUGA